UAUUUGAAUUCAAACGGUUCAAGCCGCGGCGACAGAUUAUACACGGACAAGCACACGCAGCGGGAAACUAACGUACUUUUGAUCAAAUGCAACAAAAACCCAAGUGAAAAUUGUUCGGAAAAAUAGAAGAAAAAUUCCUUUGCACGCUCUUUUGUUGGUGUUUUGUUGCGCGUUCGUGGAAUUUGUUAAUUAAAGAAGGAAAUUCCGCGUAUGAGUUUUAUUGAGAUUUCGUUUGUUGUUUUUGGUGUAAUAUAGAUUUGUGUACUGUGUGUGCCGCCGCGUCGCGUUUCAUAUGUUGUGUAUUAGUUAUUACCUGCUGCCAAAAAAAUAUAAGUGUUAUCUUUAUAAAGAGGUGUCGAUGUCGCAUUGAAAUUGUCAUUAGUGUUUUGUAAGUUGUUUCGCACACAAGAGAAGAUUUUUCUGUUCGCAGCAGCCACCGCCGCAGGGCAACAAGAGAAGAAAAACUAUUAGCCACCACCAUCAUCAUCACAGGCAGACAGACAGACACCCAAGCAAAGAGUAGUGGCACGCAAAAAAGCAAAUUAUAAAGGAAGGGUCACAACGUUUGUUUUGCAACAACAGACCCAGUUAGCCAGCUAACAACCAAAAAAUGGGCGAUUUGGAAAGUGUUCGGGUGGCCUUACGGGUACGUCCGUUGGUGCCCUCUGAGGUCAAUCGCGGCUGUCAAGUAGCUGUGGAAAAAGUCGAUGGCCAAGAUCAGGUGGUGGUCAAUAACAGUGAUGCGUUCUCCUUUAAUUUUGUCUUCGAUUGGCGUGACACCCAGGAGCAGGUGUACAACAUGUCUGUGUCGGAUAUGUUAGAUAAAUUGUUUAGCGGUUUCAAUGCCACAAUAUUGGCCUAUGGCCAGACUGGUUCUGGUAAAACACAUACAAUGGGCACAGCCUUCGAUGGGGAGUUGGAUGAAAAUGUUGGUGUUAUACCGCGAGCUAUGCACGAUAUCUUUGAACGCAUUAAAAAACUAUCCGAUCAAUAUGAAUUUGUUAUCAAGUGUUCGUUUAUGGAACUGUAUCAGGAACAACUAUUUGAUUUGCUGUCGAGUAAACCUCGUGAUGAGAGCAUUGUUGAUAUGCGUGAAGACCGUAGCGGCAUAAUAAUGGUGGGCCUGACCGAGCAACAGGUCCACUCGGCCAAGGAGACAACAGAUUGUCUGGUGCGUGGUUCGUCGGGUCGAGCAGUGGCUUCGACGGCCAUGAAUGAGGCUUCUUCCCGGUCACAUGCCAUUUUCACUGUUACCCUGCAGGCCACCAAAAAAGAUGAAUCGCGAGCAGUUACCACCUCCAAAUUUCAUUUGGUCGAUUUGGCUGGUUCAGAACGUUCCAAAAAGACUGGAGCCACCGGUGAUCGCUUUAAAGAAGGUGUUAAAAUCAAUCAAGGUCUCCUGGCCUUGGGUAAUGUCAUUUCAGCAUUAGGAGAUGGCAAAGGUGCUGGUUUUGUACGCUAUCGUGAUUCGAAAUUAACCCGCCUGCUGCAAGAUUCUCUCGGUGGAAAUUCCGUUACCCUUAUGAUUGCCUGUGUCUCGCCGGCUGAUUACAAUGUUGCCGAAACUCUAAGUACCUUACGAUAUGCCGAUCGGGCGCGUAAAAUCAAAAAUAAACCGAUUGUUAAUCAAGAUCCACAUGCUGCUGAAAUUAAUCGCCUUAAAGGUAUUAUUCAAAAACUUCGACUGGAAUUGCUUACCAAGGGCGGUACAAUGACCAGUUCAUUGACCACUGAGCUGGAAAGCGUAACACCACCCGUUGUCCCCCUGAUGGCUGCAUCAAUGCCCACAAUUAUGCCGUCGGAAGAGCAGAAUAGAAAAUAUAAAGAACUACAAGAUAAAUAUCGCACACUGCAACAACAAUGGCAAAUGACCCUGCACGAUGUGACAGAGCAUGAAAUGCGGGCUCAUAUUGCCGAGGCUGCCCAUGACAAUCUAAAGGCCAAAACAGAUGAAAUGAAAUCAUACUUCCAUGAAGUGUCAAUUAAAUGUAAAGAUCAUUCCAUGGAUGAGGAGAAGCUAAUGGAAACGGUGAUGUGCAUAAGCAAAAUGGUGGAGAGUUUGGAUGAGGAAUUGGUCAAGACACAAACCGAAAUAAUGGAUCACAAGAAACGUUCUUCCAUUGGGGAAUCGGUUAAUGGUGAUAUGGAUGGUGAUAAUGAGGAUGCUGAUGGCUCAUUGGCCUCAUCCUCUGAAAUGCAUGCCCUGGUACAAGAACGUACGGAGGCGUUUACAAAUAAACAAAUGGAAAUCAAUGAACAGCUAAGACGCAUCAAUCGCGAGCUUAGCCUCAAAGAACAGCUGCAACAGCGAAUGGCUGGUAACUUUAGUAAAUUUUCCACACUGGAUGAUGACAUUGAGGAAAAAGUCAAGGAAUGUGAACAUAAAAUUGCCGAAUUGGAAAAUGAAAAGGCUGAGCUGUUGGAUAAGCUGAAACAUGUUAAAGAGAAUGCCUCCGCCAAAUUGGCCGAAGAAAGACGCAAACGUCUGCAGGCCCUUGAACAUGAAAUUGGUGAAAUGAAACGCAAAAAUCUACAACAGGCUAAGCUGUUGAAGAUACGUGAAAAAGAAACCCAAAAGAUUAAAAACCUCAGUUCCGAAAUUCAAGCUAUGAAAGAAUCAAAAGUUAAGCUCAUACGGGCCAUGCGCCAAGAGGCCGAAAACUUUAGACAAUUCAAAAUGAUGCGUGAAAAGGAAUUGAUGCAGCUGCGAAAUAAAGAUCGUAAAAUGCAAAACGAAAUGGCCCGCAAGGAAGCUCUGCACAACAAACAGCGUAAUGUCUUGAAGCGGAAAUGUGAAGAAGCAAUGGCCAUAAAUAAGAGACUCAAAGAUGCUCUCGAAAGACAAAAGGUGGCCCAGACACAAAGACAAAAAUUACAAUACGCUAAAGACGCCAACGCUGCUUCCGUGAAGAUUGACCAGGUCAUAGCUUGCGUUGAGCGCGAACUCGAGGUAAUUAUAUCCCUUAUUGAUGCUGAACGUACACUUGAACAAUUAAUGGAUGAUCGUGGCAUAAUUAGCAGUCGUUUGGGAGAGUUGCAAAAACAACAACCUCCCCCCGAGCCCCACUCUCAGGCCGCUUUGGAAAUUGCCAAUUUGCAGGAGGAAUUGGAUAUGCGAAACGCCCAAAUCUCCGACCUCCAGCAGAAGGUAUGCGCUAAUGAUGUCGACAAACUCAUACAAACGCUGGCGGACAGUGCCCAAAGCUUGACUGAGGCUCGGGCCGUGUUCAAGCAUUUGCUCAAGUCCAUGGUCGAGCUGAGACGUGAACAUGCCCUGGCCCUGGAAGAUUUGCGCUCGCAACUGCAUGCCGCCGAUGAUCGUUGCAACGAGGCCCAAAAGAUUAUAAAACAAAUGAAGCUUGAACACGAAGAAGCCAUUGCCGAAUAUGAAGAAAAGAUUUCAGUGGCCUUAACGCCCGAACAAGAACAACGUCUUAAACUCCAAGAGGAACAACAAAAGAAAAUUGAAUCUCUAAUGAUUGAACUGGAAAAUUACAAACAACUGCGUGCCGAAAUGAAUCAUGCGCCGGUGCCGGCCAAAAAGAAAGUCAAAUCUUCUGCCAAGCCUAUCGAAGACGUAGAAGAAGUAGAGGAAGAAGAAGAUAUAGAAGAAAUCGAAGAUAGUGAUGAUUAUGAAGUGGAUGGAAGUAGUUCUGAUGAUCCCGAUUGGUCCAAGACGCCGAUGGUACGCAAAAAACGUCCAAAUAACGUGCGGCGGACCGGUGUUAGAUCCUCCAAGUCCCUCUCCCAAUCAGACAUCUCCCACAAUAUGGAUGAAGACCAACAACAGAUCUCCAUUGACUCCACUCAUUCAGGAACACUUGGAGGAGCUGCAAAAACGUCUGGCAAGGGUCAGCACAAGCGGAAGUCCAAGGGCUGCCAAUGCCGUGGUGACUGCCGCAACAAGCGUUGCGGAUGUAAUUCGCUCGAUCAGAAAUGUACGGUAAAUUGUGGUUGUACCUCGAAUUGUCGGAAUCGUAUAUGGCCGCUGAAUGAGAAUCCCGACGAUGAAAUGGAUGAAACGCAGCAGGCAAACAAUGUAAAAAUUAAAGCCGAAAAGUGCACACCCACAAAACAUUCCCUCAAUCAUGACGAAGCGGAUAGUGAUAAUGAAAAUGCAAACAAAAGCAAUAAUACCGAUGAUACAUAUGUUACAACAAAAACCACUUUGAAUUCCACAUCGUAUUUAACACCGAAAAUGGCUAGACUUUCCACCAUUAACUUUGAGACUGCAACGGCCAAAAAGAAAUUUUUCAACGACUAAUUCUCCAUGUAACCUCAUAAGUGCCUAAUCAACAAUACCACAUGAAUCUGUUAUACAAAUGAAAUACUUUACCACAAACCAAUAGUUAUUAUCCAUCCCCCCUAAUAUUUGUUCAUCGGUGUUCUACCAUGUUUGUUUGUUUACUUAAAUCUCAUUUAAUUUAAAUUAUGCUUUAAUUUUUUUUAUAAAAAAAAGAAUAACUUAUUUUUAAUUGAGGGAAAUUGUAAGGGUUUACAUACAUUUUUAUAAUGGUAUUCAAGCCCUUAUAAUUUUCUUUUUUCUUAAUCCAUGAUGUCUAUAUAAUAAGAGACAGAAGACCCCCUCCAUUCCUUAAUCGGAUUUGUGUUUUAUGUAAUUUACAACAAUUCUCCCCCUCGCAUUUCAUCUUCAUUCACAUCUUCAAUCCUAACAUUGUUUAUUUUUUUAAAUUUUUACAAAUAUUUCAUUUUUCGAUUUGUCAUCGUUAACAUAUAUUAAUUAGUUUAAUUAUUUAUUUAUAUAUGUAACUAUUUGUGCGUAUCCCCAAAACUCAAAUGUUUAAAAACAUAAAUUGUUUAUAGUAUACCUGCAUUUUUUUGUUUAGAAUUACUAACACUUCCAUCUUGCCCAUUUUUUGUUUUAAAAAAUACAAACAUAUGUUCAUUCCAUUGCAACAUCAGGUUUGUUUUCAUCAAAGAGACAUCAUUGUUCAUAAAAAACAUUUGCUACGAACAAAACAGAAUGAGUAUUUUUUAGUUAGUUUAUAAAUAAUUAGUUUUAAGCUCUUUAGUUAUAUUAAAUAUUUUUAUAAAUGCAAAUAAAUAUAUGGGUUUUCUUUUAAAUAUGUAUAUGGAACAAAAA